AUGGCUGACCCUUACUCUAAUUUCUUCUCAUCAGGUUUCUUCCAUUACCCAUCUUCAAACCCUUCACCACGCCACCCUUAUGUUCACAACUUCAUCAACCAAAACACCAACACCAACAUCAACAACAACACCUUUUUCCACUACUUCCACCCCCACCACCUUCAAAGCACUAUCACCUCUUGUUCUUCUACCUUUUCACCCCCUUCCCCUCCUCUAAGAGAAGCCCUUCCACUUUUGAGUCUUAGCCCAACAAAGCAAGAGGAUGAAGAAGAACAAGAGGAGGAUCAGUCCAUGGAUGUGGAAGAGGAGUGUAACAGGAUCCUCCAUCCCAAAGAGGAAGAACAAGAAGAGGAUGAUGAUAGUGUCACUGUUGCACUGCACAUAGGGUUGCCAAGCCCUAGUGCUGCUGAGAUAGCCUCAAUGCUUUCUUCCACUAACAAAGAACAACAACAAAGUGGUGAUGGUAACAAUGGUAGUGAGGAUUCUUCUUCAGGGUUCUUAGCCAACAGGCUCAACAAGGGGCAGUACUGGAUCCCUACUCCUUCUCAGAUUCUCAUUGGUCCUACACAAUUUUCUUGUCCUGUUUGCUGCAAAACCUUCAACAGAUACAACAAUAUGCAGAUGCAUAUGUGGGGGCAUGGAUCACAGUACAGAAAAGGGCCUGAAUCUCUGAGGGGUACCCAACCAACAGGAAUGCUUAGGCUUCCAUGCUAUUGUUGUUCCCCAGGUUGCAGGAACAACAUUGAUCACCCAAGAGCAAAGCCCCUCAAAGAUUUUAGAACCCUUCAAACACACUACAAGAGGAAGCAUGGUAUUAAGCCCUUCAUGUGCAGAAAAUGUGGCAAGGCUUUUGCUGUGAGGGGUGAUUGGAGAACCCAUGAAAAGAACUGUGGGAAGCUUUGGUAUUGCAUCUGUGGCUCUGAUUUCAAGCACAAGAGGUCUCUUAAAGAUCAUAUCAAGGCUUUUGGGAGUGGCCAUGCAGCUUAUGGGAUUGAUGGCUUUGAAGAGGAAGAAGAGCCUGCAUCAGAAGUAGAACAAGAUAAUGAUUUCACCCAGUAAAGACAUAAUAAGGAAAAUGAAACUGGUUUUAAAUUUAUAUCUAUAUCCCUAUGUGAAUUAUCUUA